AUGGACGUCCCAAGAUCAAGAGCCGUCUCUAGUGGGGCGAGCUCUGGUGCAGGCGUCGACAUCCCCGGCGCAUCCACCUCGCAGGCGAGUUCGUCACGCCUCGCACCCAGCGCACGAGCUCGUCGCGAACGCGAGAGAAGCGGUAGACCCAAGGACAAGCAUGCGCUCGCACUCCGCUCCAUUCGCGACUUUCUCCGUGGUCGCAGCAGCUACGACGUGCUGCCCGUUAGUUUCCGUCUUAUCGUGCUCGACACCAAGCUCGUCGUCAAGCCUGCGCUCGAGGUCAUGUGGCAGGCCGGUGUCGUGUCUGCUCCUCUUUGGCAGUCGACUCCGCACGAAAUGCUCGGCAGCUCGACCAGCCAGUCAGAGUCGCACUCGCAACCAGAAGAAGCACAACCUUCGGACACCACACAGCAAUCCCCUGCAGACGGAGAGCACGUUAGCCCCAAGACCGCUCAAUCCUCACUCCCCUCCGACACCAAGCCUGCAGCCCCUGCCAUCACCUCGUCACAUCAACUCUCCGGAUUCGCCGGCAUGCUCACCGUCAACGACAUCAUCCACCUUAUUCAGUACUACUACCGCCACUCUUCCUACGACUCCGCCUCGGCCGACGUCGAAAAGUUUCGACUAGAACGGCUACGAGACAUCGAGCAGGCGCUCAACGUCCCACCCCCACCGCUGCUCUCCGUGCAUCCGUUGCGACCGCUGUUCGACGCGUGUCAGCUGCUGAUCAAGACGCACGCGAGGAGGUUGCCGUUGUUGGAUUACGAUGAGCAGACGGGUAUGGAGACGGUCGUGUCGGUGUUGACGCAGUACAGGGUGUUGAAGUUCAUCGCGAUGAACUGUAGGGAGACGGCGGCGUUGGAGCGGAGUCUGAGGACGUUGGGUAUUGGGACGUUCUGUCAGAGUUACAGAGCAGGGAAAGCGGGUGGUGGAUCGCACAGGGGCUCCGAUGCAAGCGAACCUGGGCUGGUCAAGAGCGAUCCCAGAGAUCUGAGUAUGAGCGAGUUGAACGCGGCGGCGGCGAAUGCGGAAGAGCCUGAUGGACCGGCCAAGGAAUCGGAUGCUAGCAACGCCUUUAAAGGUGCUACUGGUGGUGGGGACGGCGAUCCAACGAAUUCAAACCCUUUCGCACCCAUCGCCACAGCUACGCUCGACACCACCGUCUUUGACGUCGUCCACAUGUUCUCCGAACGCGGCAUCUCCGCCGUACCCAUCCUCGACGAAGAAGGCAACGUCGUUGACCUCUACGAAACCGUCGACGUCAUCACGCUCGUCCGCACCGGCGCCUACACCUCUCUCGACCUGACCAUCCGUCAAGCGCUGGAACGACGACCGCCCGAUUUCGCCGGAGUCUGGACCUGUUCUCCCGAGGAUUCGCUCGCCUCGAUCUUUGCGCUCCUGCGCAAACGACGUGUUCACCGGCUGCUGGUGUUGGAACCUGAACCGAUGGUGCUGAAGAAGCAGGAUUUUACGGAUAAAACGGCACCCUUGGAAGAACUCGAUAGCUACGUCGACGAUCUCGUGCAGGAGGAGAAGGAGAGGGAGAAGCGGGAAAAGCAGGAAUUCGUCGAUGAUUCUCGCGCUCCGUUGGAGGAGAGGUUGGAAAAGGGCGAUCCGACCAGGCGGAGUAGGGGUAGGUUGGUGGGGAUCGUUUGUCUCAGCGAUAUCUUGAGGUAUGUGAUCGGUGAGCAGGUCAAGGAUGAGGGUAUGAGGAGUAGGGGUACGAGCGUAGCGAGCAGCUUGGGUGGUGCAACGGAUGCAGGUGGGCAGACGGGUUCCGCGGCAGACGCAUCAGCCUCCUCAGCAGCCGCCGUUGCGACCACCGCCAAUGUCGUCAGCCCCACAACUACGCUAGAUGCUACUCAGACCAUCUUGGAGGAUCAACCGCUCGAGCUGUGA